CCGGCCCGGCUCGGCUCGGCUCGGCGCGCCGCAGGGGCAAGGUGCGGCGGCUGAAGGGGGCGGUGGUUCAGCGGCUUUGUUGGCUUGGAGCGUGGCGGCGGGAAGAGCGGCGCCUCGGUGAGAGCCCACCAUGGUGCAGCAAGCGGAGAGUACGGAGGCGGAGAGCAACCUGCCCCGGGAAGCAAUGGAUACAGAAGAGGGAGAGUUCAUGGCUUGCAGCCCCGUCGCUUUGGACGAGAGCGAUCCGGACUGGUGCAAAACGGCGUCGGGGCACAUAAAAAGACCGAUGAACGCGUUCAUGGUGUGGUCUAAGAUCGAGAGGAGAAAAAUCAUGGAGCAGUCCCCGGACAUGCACAACGCGGAGAUCUCCAAGCGUCUGGGCAAGCGGUGGAAAAUGCUGAAGGACAGCGAGAAGAUCCCCUUCAUCCGGGAGGCGGAGAGGCUGCGGCUCAAGCACAUGGCCGAUUACCCCGACUACAAAUACCGGCCCAGGAAAAAGCCCAAAAUGGACCCGGCGGCCAAGCCCAAUGCCAGCCAAAGUCCGGAGAAAAACGCACCCACCAGCAGCGGCGGCAGCAAAAGCGCCAAAAGCUCCAGCAAGAAGUGUAGCAAGCUGAAAGCCUCCUCCGCCUCCUCGCCCCCCAAGCCGGGAGCCAAAGCCUCCCACCACGGGGACUACUCGGGGGACGAAUACGUCUUCGGCACCCUCAAAGUGAGCAGCAAGACGGUCAAGUGUGUCUUCAUGGACGAGGAGGAUGACGAGGAGGAGGACGAAGACGAGCUGCAGCUGCGAAUCAAGCAGGAGGCGGAGGACGAGGAGGAGGACGAGGAGCCGGGACCGCAGCAGCUGCGGCGGUACAACGUGGCCAAAGUGCCGGCGAGUCCCACCUUGAGCUCCUCGGCGGAGUCCACCGAGGGGGCCAGUCUCUACGAGGAGGUGCGGAGCGGCGCCGCGGCUGCGGGCGGCGGCAGCAGACUCUACUACAGCUUCAAGAACAUCACCAAGCAGGGCCCGCAGCCGCCGCAGCAGCCGCCCGGUCUCUCCCCGGCCUCCUCCCGGUCUAUCUCCACCUCGUCGGCCGGCAGCGAGGAGACGGACGACCUGCUCUUCGACCUCAGCCUCAACUUCUCUCAGCACGGCCACGCCGCCGCCGAGCUGGGAGCGGGUGCCGCCGCCGGGAACCUCUCCCUCUCGCUGGUGGACAAGGACCUGGACUCCUUCAGCGAGGGCAGCCUCGGCUCCCACUUCGAGUUCCCCGACUACUGCACCCCAGAGUUGAGCGAGAUGAUCGCGGGCGACUGGCUGGAGGCGAACUUCUCCGACCUGGUGUUCACGUACUGAGCGGCGGCGAGGAGCGGAGGAGCCGGAGCUGCGCGACGCCGGCGAUGAUGAUACGAUGAUGAUGCUGAUGAUGAUAAUUAAAAAAAAAAAAGUCUUGUUUUCUUUAAAAAAAAAAUCUUGAAGUUAGUUCCGAGCCCGGGAGUUGUGAUUUUAUUAUUUUUUUUACUUUUUUUUACUUUUUUUUUAUUGCAUUUGGUGAUCACAACAACAACAGCAAAGGCAAAUGGGACUGGGGGAAAAAAUGAUACAGAAGGCGCUGUUUGAAGCUUGUCGGUCUCUGAUUGAAGUCUGGAAGAUGGUCUGCAAAGAAGUCUUGUGGCAGCACAACUGUUACUCAAGGGGGUUUGUGGAUUUUUUUUUUUUUUUCCCGUGAGAGAUCUUGAAGAACUGUUCUAUUUUUUUUUAUUAUUAUUUUUCCGAAAGGGACCAUUGCAACUUUUUUUGGAGGGAGAAAACUGAUGUCUUCUAUGCAUCCGAUUCUUAACAAAGCUGCAGGGAGCUUGAAAAAAUGCAGACUGUACAAACGCUUACAAAUAA